GUUCCGGGUCACGGCGGCCAUGGAGGCCGGGCAGGGAUCCGGCCCCGGACCCGGCCCCGGCGGCGACGCGGCCGAGAGGGAAGUACCUAGGCCUUAUGUUCCAACAGAGGAGGAAAGAAGACUCCUCAAGGAAUGUGCUGAAGAGAGUUUCCGGUAUAGAGCUUUUCCUUUGGCUGCCGUGAGCAUGCUUGGUACUAGUUUCUUAAUUAGAAAAGGUGUUCUAAGAGAUAGCUCAAGAUUUGGCUCUUUUAUUAAAGUUGCAUUUGCUGGAAUGUGUGGAUACCUGGCUGGAAAGAUAUCGUACUUGCCAAUCUGUAGUGAGAAAUUUAAGAAACUGAAGGAUUCUCCAAUAGGAGAUGUUCUACGACAAGCUCAGAGACAUAGUUCACCUAACCGCUCCACUCGUAAAUCUGAAUUUUCAGAUGUACCUUCUCAGUCAUUCACUGAGUCAUCUUCUCCAAGGCCUGGAUUCCCACCUUCUUCUAGCUAUUCAGAUGAUUACAGCUCAACAGAUAGAGCCCUUUCAAGUUAUGAUCCCAUUCCAUUCAGUGCUUCUCUGAAUGAAUCUGCACCUACAGGAAUUACUGAUUACACUGUUCAAGAACCUGCUCCAAUUCCAGAAGAAGGUCGUAAAAAAAAAGGCAUCACAUACGAGGAAUUAAGGAAUAAACACAGGCAGACAUAUGAUGUAAUGCAACCACCAAAGGCAGAAACUCCAAGCAAGUUUUCACAGGAAAAGCCAGCUAAGGAAGUUAAAGUAAAUAAAUAUGGAGACACCUGGGAUGAGUAAGAGUCAGAUGAAGAACUGAAGAAAAUUACCUCCUGUCAGCUAACUUGAACUUCAUCUAGAUUAGUCAUGAGUAGCAGCACCUUUGCUGUGCUUUGCCAGACACAACUAUUAAUAAAUGAAGAGGAAAUCCUGACUUGCCAGAAGAUUAAAAAAUGUAUUUAUGCUUAAUUUUUUUUAAAUUGUGCAUAAAUGAAAAACAAGGCUGUUGUGAGGUGUCAUGACUAUAAACCAUUUGUGCUGUUGUUUAAGAAUGAGAAGGGUAACUGGUAAUAUGAAUGUAUGGCAUAAGGUAAAAAUACAUGUAAAUAAAUGCAAUCCCCAGUAUUGAGAAGGAAGGAAUAGCAGAAUCUUCUCAAAUUUUCAAGACUUGCAUUAAAAGUUACCUGUAGAACUCAACCUCUCACUUUGUUUUGCCUGAACGUGAUAUGCUGGGAGCUUGAACUUGUUGUCAUACUUGGUUUGUAAUGUCAGGAAUACUACUGAACUGUUGAGGGGAAAAGGGCUGAAGAGCUGAGCCAGACACUGAAGUAACCAUAACUUUUUCGAAACUGUCUCAUGGUGCCAGCUGUAUUUUUAGACUGAUACUCUGACUUGCCCACGACAGGUUUCUACAGACAGUCAUUUCUGAAGAAAAUAAUUGAAUGAAACUGCAGGUACUGAAAAUAGCUACAUUUAAGUGCAGGAGGCUAAACCUGACAGACUUUGGUGUAACCUUGAAUGAUAUAUUGACUGUUAAUGUUAGACUUUGUAUAUUUAACCUUAUUUCUCAACUUUUGCAAGUCAUGACAAGACUGCCAUGUUUAUGGAGAAGAGAUCCCAAUCAAUGGAGUAUUUUGUUAUUAUUACCUGUAAGGGAAGAGCUACACUGGGAAAACUGAAGAGUAUUUUCUGGUGUUUGCAUCACCUGCUCUAUCUCUGAAAAUGUUGCCUUCACUUAGGGAUUUUCAUGUUCUUGCCUGUGCAGUUUCAUCUCCCAGCACUGUGUUUAUUUGGGGGUUUGGGCUGUAAGAGAGCAAAAAAUAGUAUGGUGAAGUUGAUAGCAUAAAAGCAUUCCUGACAUCUUCAUUGGAGCUGAGAAACAGUGUGCCUACCAAGUUGAAAAUUCUCAAAGACCUUAUUGAUUUAGUGGACUUGCAGCAGAACAGCAUAAAUAAGAAGAUAACUGGGGGAAGAAGGGGUUGUACAGAGCAAAUGGCUGAAAUGAGGAGGAAAAAAUGGGGAAAGAGAAGGAUGCUUUAAGAGACAAAUACUGCUUAAAAUAAAACGGGAAGGUUGCUUCCAGAAAAGCUCAUCUUCUAAAAAAAUUAAUAUGCUAAUUGGAUAAUCUUGAAGUUGCAUCAGACAUUUACCUUGUAGAGAAUGCUUCUCAUGGCUGUCAGGAGGUAGAAAAUUGAUAAUAAUAGAGCAGAUUCCUAGAUGGUGCCUUCCUAUAAAGUGUUUUUUCCUCACAUUUGUGUUUUUGGGUGGAUAAGCACAGUGUUUUGUAUAAAUUGUAUCAGAAUUUUUCUUCCUUUGUUAGAGGAGAAAACAAAAGGCAUGUCAAGGAAUGUUGUUCUGCUUGAGGUAACACUGUGUAUUAAUAGCAUUUUUAUAUUGAAUAGAAAGCUUUCAUUCUGUUGCAUCUA